AUUACAUCUAUUUCUUACUAGUUUAACCACGGAGUUUUAAAACGCUUUUAAGCAAAAUGUAACUGCGCUCUACAACUUCCGUAGUGACCUACAAAUAAAUAAAUAAACAUUGCGCUGCACUCAAUAUACCCCGAAAUAUUAUUUUAAUUGACUUAAUUUAAAACACGGAUAAUAAAUUACAAAACAUUGUAAGCAUAUGUUUUACCUCAUAGCUAGAAGGGAUCCAACUUUUGUCAAAUUAACGUCCGAUUUGUAUUUAUAUUAAAUGAAUGGAUUUUGUAAUUCAUUAUGGAUCACCAUUAGAGUAUUUUACGUUUCGUAGCAGUGUUUUGGAGAACUUACGCAGCAGGUUAGGAGAAUUAGGUUAAGGUUAGGAGAAUUAGGUUAAGGUUAGGAAGAGAGAAACAAAAAGAGUUAGGGUUUAGCUAAACAAACAAAAAAAAAAAGCAAAAUAAUCUUCUUUUUUUUUACGUUAAUUUGACCAUAAAAAAAAAGUUGUAUCCCUUCUAACCACGACCGUGUUUUGAUCCGUUUUUUCCUCCCUAGUCAUCCACUGACGCGCGUCAUGACGCCGCGUCUCUUUGUGUGGUUCAUCUAGCGGCGACAUUUGUUGUUAUUUUCGCUACAACUGGAAACAUUAUUUUUUACCGACCGGUUUUAUUUUGUUGGUUGGAUUGUUUUUUUUGAUACACAUUCCAUAACAACAAACAAAAAAACAACAACCUACCCAUAUUCCAACCCCAAAAAAACAUCGACUUGUCAACACAUCUCGAUAUCAACAACCGAUAAUAAUGGACUCAGACGAAGGAUAUAACUAUGAUUUCGACGAGGACGAAUGUAGCGAAGAUAGCGGCGCAGAGGAACCGGGAGACGACGACGACGACACCCUGGAGCUAGGAGACGACGAGGUGGAACUGGUCGAUCCCGCCGAGGCUGGAGGGGAACGGGACGAAGGUUUAGAUACCUUAGGGGGUAGCGGUCAUGGGACCGGACAAGAGGAAGAGGACUACCGUUUCGAAGUGUUGACUGCCGAGCAGAUACUUCAGCAUAUGGUGGAGUGUAUCCGAGAGGUCAACGAGGUCAUCCAGAAUCCGGCAACAAUCACCAGAAUCCUUCUGAGUCACUUUAACUGGGACAGAGAGAAGCUCAUGGAAAGGUAUUUCGACGGCAACGUGGAUAAGUUGUUCUCCGAGUGCCAUGUCAUCAACCCCUGCAAGAAGUCAAGAACAAGACUGAUGAGCACCAGAUCUGCUGCUCAGGACCUGCCGUGUCAGAUCUGCUAUCUAAACUACCCCAACUCAUAUUUCACUGGCCUCGAGUGUGGACACAAGUUCUGUAUGCAGUGCUGGGGAGAUUACCUGACAACCAAAAUCAUCGAGGAAGGGAUGGGACAGACCAUCUCUUGCCCUGCCCAUAGUUGUGACAUCUUAGUGGAUGACAACACGGUCAUGCGUCUCAUAACAGACUCUAAAGUGAAGCUGAAGUACCAACAUUUAAUUACCAAUAGUUUUGUAGAGUGUAAUAGACUGUUGAAGUGGUGUCCAGCACCAGACUGCCAUCACGUCGUUAAAGUCCAGUACCCCGACGCCAAGCCGGUCAGGUGCAAGUGUGGGCGACAGUUCUGCUUCAACUGUGGAGAGAACUGGCACGAUCCUGUCAAGUGUAAGUGGCUGAGAAAGUGGAUUAAAAAGUGUGACGAUGACAGUGAAACGUCCAACUGGAUUGCAGCUAAUACCAAGGAGUGUCCGAAGUGUCACGUGACCAUCGAGAAGGACGGCGGCUGCAACCACAUGGUGUGUCGGAACCAGAGCUGUAAAGCCGAAUUCUGUUGGGUCUGUCUAGGGCCCUGGGAGCCACAUGGCUCAGCGUGGUACAACUGCAAUCGCUACAAUGAAGACGAUGCCAAGGCAGCCAGAGAUGCACAGGAGCGCUCCAGAGCGAUGUUACAGCGCUACCUGUUCUACUGUAACCGUUACAUGAACCACAUGCAGUCGCUGCGCUUCGAGCACAAGCUGUACGCCGGGGUCAAGGCCAAGAUGGAGGAGAUGCAGCAGCACAACAUGUCCUGGAUCGAGGUGCAGUUCCUGAAGAAGGCCGUGGACGUGCUGUGUCAGUGUCGCUCCACGCUCAUGUUCACCUACGUCUUCGCCUUCUACCUCAAGAAGAACAACCAGUCCAUUAUCUUUGAGAACAACCAGGCAGACCUGGAGAACUGCACAGAGACGUUGUCGGGAUACCUGGAGAGGGACAUCUCCCAGGAUUCCUUGCAGGAUAUCAAGCAAAAAGUACAAGAUAAAUACAGAUACUGUGAGAGCCGACGGAGGGUGCUGCUACAACACGUUCAUGAAGGCUAUGAAAAGGACCAAUGGGAGUACAUAGAGGAUUAAGAAGGACCAAUGGGGGGGGAGUACAUAGAGGGUUAAGAAGGACCAAUGGGGAGUACAUUGGCCUCUCCUCAUGGACCGUCUCUCUAGAGAAUAUUUGUUCUUAGUCCGUGAGGAGAGGAUAUCUGUGUUCUGUAAGUGUUUCUCUUCUACUGUCUCUACCCCUCUCCACACCAUCUCUGAGUAUCUCUUCUCUUCUCCCUUCUCCGCACCACCGUGGACCAUCUUCUAGUUUAGAGAAUCUCUGUUCUUUAACGUUGCUUUCUCCACAUCACCAUGGACCAUCUCCUAGUUAAGAGAAUCUCUCCUGGGACACCACCCACUACUACAUCCCACUUCCCUCCCUGGUUGAAUGGAAACUUUCAAAAGUAAAUCAUCAAUAGGAGGUAGAGUGAGAAGACUGACCAUUCGAGAGAGGAUCGAUUUUUCUGGUUCCCAGCCCAUCCCUGGUUGGCCUGUGUUGACUGGACUGCAGCAGACUUCAUAAGAAAUGACUGCCAAAAAAAGGGGCAUAGAUCACAUCGAGAAUAUAGAUCUGGAACAUCUAGAACAGCUGCUGCACAUAGAUCUGGAACAUCUAGAACAGCUGCUGCACAUAGAUCUGGAACAUCUAGAACAGCUGCUGCAGUUAAGUCUGAAGAUGACACCAAACUUGGCCGUCUUUUAAAACCCAAUCCUUUUUUGCCCCCAGUUGUUUGGCAAAUUAGGACUCGUUCUCGACCCCAAAUGCUUAUGUGUUGAAACAAUUAUUAAAAAAAAGUAUAAUUAAAAUGAUAUGUUUGAUUUUAAUAAAUGGAAACAUCACAUUA